GCUAUUUAAAUAUGAUGCAAGGAUUGCACAGCCCAGUGAUGUUACCAACAGCUCCUGGGUUUUAAACUCAAUUUGCUCUGUCCUGCAAAGUGCAGUGCAGUGCAAACCAGACAGACAGCUCAGCUUUGAGCAUUGCAUUGCAUUGCAUUGCUUUGUGUGUGUGUGUGUGUGUGUUGUGGUUUGGAUUAAUUGGUUUAUAUCUGCUUUAUUUUUGUCACUGCAGCUGAGAGAGAGAGAGAGAGAGAGAGAAGGGAGAGAGAGAGAGAGAGAGAGAAAGAAGGAGAGAAAGAGAAUUGCAAUGAGUGAUACAGGUGCAAAAGCCAACCAGCCUUCAGCAAUAAAACAGGACAAGGAUGCAACUCCAAGGAGAGGACGUGGGAGACCCAGGAAGGAACUUCAGGAGGAACCAGCUGGUGCUCUCACUCCGAAGCGACCUCGAGGAAGACCAAAAGGAAGCAAAAACAAAUCGACUUCAAAGUCUGGCAGGAAAUCCAGCAGCAUUGGAGGAGGGACGCCCAGGGGUCGACCAAAAAAACUGAUGACUCUGUCGAAACUGCGGUCGCUCACCGCCAAGCCUUUGCGGAAGAAGAUGAAAUUCCGUAACCGCGUCUGUGGAGCGCUCCACUCGAACGCCCCCGGCCUGCAGACGAGCAUUGGGCGAGGGAGGAGGCUGGCGGGAUUGCGUGCCGCUGAAAGCGUUCUUGUGGACAUGGAAGGGCAAGCCGGGGCUCUCUCUGCAGGUGGCAUCAGUAGAAUAGAGGGCUGCCUUCAAGAACUUCAAGUUGAUGUGGCGACCGAAUUGGAAGGUAUUCGAGGUGCUAUGAUGGCUCUGGAGGACACAGUCAGUACUGCGCUGUCGGAAAUCCGUCAGAUCAUCCAGGAAACCGUUGUCCUGUCUCAGACACCCCCGGCCCAGGAGGAGACGGAACAGGAAGAAGAGAUGGAAGAAGAGACGGAACAGGAAUAGGAGACGGAACAGGAAGGAACAGCUUAGGAGAUGUCUUUGGACAUGAUGAUAGAAAGAAAUCUCGAGUUUCUCAGCUGGUGCUCACGAGUAGGAGGUCUGUAGGUCUGACAACCCGGCUUAGAUUUCUUCCGAACUGGUUGGCUAAAUUUACAUUAUUUCCUGAAAGAUAUUUGUAUUGCAUUUGUUCUUCCUCCCCUCCCACAGACACACUUCCAACCACUAUCCAGCAUGUUGAUUAACCUCUGCUGUUGGAUAUUUACAUUGUUGUAUGAAAUGGUAUGUUAGAUGUUACACCCUGGGACGUCUUUUUUUUGAACAGAACAAAAAUGUUUACAGGGAGGUAGAAAUAAAUGUAUUAUCAAUA